AUGUCUCUUCAACACACAGAGCAACCCACUACUGCAAUGCCAUCCUCCAACCCAAAUGCACCACACCACAAUGUACUCACCAUAGGCACUUACAUUCUCUUAAAUUCUUUAAUUUGGGGUGUCACGAAUCCAUUAUUAAAAUAUUAUGGAAGUAAAUCUUUGACAAAUAGAGAGGAUGAUGAUGACAACAAGACAAUUCGGAACACAUCAUCACAUAACAACAAUAUUUUAAAUCAAUUAAUUUCAUUAUUCGGAAAUUGGAAAUUUGUCAUGGUUCAAAUGAUCAAUUGGUGUGGAUCUCUAUUCUUUUUAAUGUUAUUAGGAUAUACAAAUUUAACAACUGCUGUGAUUUGUGUCAAUUCUCUCACUUGUGUCAUUACUGAGCUCACUGAUAUUUAUUUGUUAGGACAUGAAAGAAAGCAUAAAAUGCAAGUAUACACUGGAAUUGGUUUAAUAUUACUUGGAAUUCUCAUUUGUAAUCCUGUACAACAAGAGAAUUCAUGA